UGGGCGAGAGGGAGAGCGCGAGAGACACAGACCGCGCAUGCGAUAGAGGUAGAGGAGAGACGCGCGCGCUCAAGAGUCCAGACAAGAGGGCUGUAUAUCAUAGAGCUGAAACUGCAUAAACACGGCAAUGUCAAGGUCAGCUGUUGUGAUGUGGCUCUUGGCUGUGUUCUGCUUUGACAGCAAAGCAGCAAAGACAUCUGAGAGUAUAAACGUCAUUGCUGGGCAGAAUGUGAUGCUGCCAUGCCCUUGCUCUGAAGAUACUGAAAGGGUUGUAUGGCAGAUUGGCGAGGAGAUAGUUGUAAAUCAGUGUUGUGAGAACCAUCCACAAGAUCAAUUCUAUGUAAACAGAACCCAAGUCUUCCUAUUGUCUGCAAAAGGAAACUGCUCACUACUUCUUCGUAAUGUGGCCUUGAAAGAUGCGACUGAGUUUACAUGUUAUACUUUUGAUAGUGAAAGCUUCCAAGACAUGCAGAAAGUUACAUUGAAUGUUGAAGAGCCAUAUAUAAAUAGCCAGAGUCAUACAAGUUCUCAUAUUGUUCUGCCUACUCCAGGAACUAGAAAUGAACCUCAUACAGGAUUUUCAGUUGGAGUUCCCAUAACAUUGAUACUGGUAAUCCUGUUUGGACUGAUUGUGGCACUUUUUAUCAGAAAGCAUCGGCAGAGGCAGCCAAGGAUGAUGGAGAUCGAGAAACCACAUUUAAGACUGCCUAUAGUGGACCACACUCCUGUGUGACUAAUAACAAUAUAUCAUUAUGGGUGAGCCAAUAAAUAUGGACUCAAAUUACUGUGAAGACCACUUGGAACUUAAUACGAUCACCAACAUGGGCAUUAAAUAUCUGUAGACAUGUCUACAGUAUAUAUAUUUUCCAUUGUGGAUAUACACUGUAAUAUACAAAGGGGACCCACAAAUUCCUGGAAUUGUAUAAAAAAAACAAAACACAGCAUUUCCUCUGUAAUCCCCUUCAAAGCACUCUUUCUGUAAUGUGAUAAAUUUGUGUUUCUUCCAUUCCUUUACACUUUUUAGUUUUCAGCUUUUGAAAUUAUGUCUAGAGCCCCAUGUGCUUUAUUCCCCUGGAUUUUUUCCAUUGUUUAAUGUUUUUUUUAAAUGUAGGGAGAUCUGAAUAAUGAGGUGAAUGUGAAGUGAUAACCACAUUGCUUAUGGACAAGGCAGUGUUUGUAGGUGCAUUGUCCUAGUGAAAGAGCCACUACUGUGUUUGUCCGUUAAUGUGAAAAACUAAAUCAUCUUUGUCCCACCACAAUCGAAUUCUGGGAAUUUGUGACCCUUCUUUUAUUUUUGUGUAUAAAUGUACAUAUACUUUAACAAUUUUGCUUUUAGAUUUAAAUUCAUUUAACGAGCAGUUUAGAGGUACACGUAUCCAGAGGUAGAGGGCGGUGGUUCAUUUAUCUAUGGUAAACAGCUCACUACACAUGCAUUUUGUACAUACUAGUUUUCACCUUCACUGGUUCGUAGCUGUCUUAAACACACGCUGACUAAUGGGUGGGAAUUGGCCAAAGAAAAAAAAUAACACAAAAAGCUUUUUGCGUGUCAGUGGAGAUGAAAGUGCAGCAAGAAUGAGUUUUAUAAUCAGCCAGAAACAUGUAGAGAUGCAUCAAUAGUAUUUCAAAUUUUGGCAUUAAUAUCAGUAUUCAAUUGGGUCUAGCAUAUUUUUUGUCUGCUUCCAGGUUCUAUUAUAUUUGGAGAUACUAAACAACCACAUGAUAUUAAAGGGCAUCAACACUGUACAUGUGAUCUUUGGAACGGUACCAGUGUGAGGACAUGAUGACUGAAUGGACACAAAUUGUUUUCUUUUAUUAAAAAGCAGGAUCAGUGCAUCUCUAAACAGAACCUAACAUAAAGCACUAACUACAAAUGUGUUGAUUUGAACUUGAAUGAUUUCACUGAUUCACACUUGUGCUUUCAUGUGAAAAUCUUCACAGAAUUUGUAUAUAUACCAAAGUAAUCAACUUAUAUAUAUGAACUUGCAAUAUUUGUAAGCGUGACUCUUUCCUAAGCUGAAAGCCCAGAACAGGAAAAACAAGAAUCAGUGUUGAAAUCUGAACUGAGAUGGUUUAACAAGGCAAGAACAGUUUUUAUUACACAUUUUAAUUACUUAUUACUUUAUUACUUUUAUUUUAAACCAGCAAACAUCCAUUCACAAAAAAUGCAGCUAGGUAAAUGAUAGAUUAAUAUAAACAACAGUGAAAACAUGUAAACAAUUGCAACUCCAGGGCUAUGUGCAUCAACUUUGGAAACUGUACCGGCUGGUAUGUUCAAAAUGUACUUACUAUUUUUUGUGUCAAAGGUCUCUGGUGUUUAAUAUAUCCCAUAUGUAAACUGUAAAGGACAUAUUAUAUUUGCAGACAAACAGAUGGCCUCCCUUUUUUAUUAUGAAACUUUUAUUUCUAUGUAGUUGGUGUUAAGUUAAUGGCAGUACUUAAAGCACUUAAAUCUACGCCUGGGCGUGCUUUCUUUUGGUGGAUUUUUAUUUUAAAACUCCCUAUGGGAUAUUUUGCUUGAUUGUAUUUGUUACAAAUAUAACAGAAAUGUUAAGUGUAUUUUUUAUAUGCCUGUAGUGCUAAUAAACUUUACAGUACUUUUCUAUA